UGUGCUGCCACCUGCACUGUGGACGUUUGGGUACGCUUCCCUCCGGUCCAGCGCUCCCGUGGGAUGCGGGGUGCAGCGGGGACCUUCUGGCAGCACGGCCGCAGGUGGGAGCGGGGCUGCAGGUGAUGCUGGCUGUGCUGUAGCCGGGGGUCCCCGAGCCGUGAGGCAGAGCCGGGAUCCGGGGUGCUGGGGGGGAUGCUGGCGAGGGCUGCACGGCUGCGUCAUCCCGUCCGCACCCGGCCACCCACCUCCCGCUAUUGUCUUACACCCGCUGUUGCUUCUGAUCCCAAAUUAGCUGCUUCAGAAGGGGGGGGGGAGAGGGGGGGCAGCUGCGUGCGGUUGCCAGCGCGGCACCCAGCCUCCCUACUGUGCCCAGCUCUCACCCGGGUGCGCUCACCUGCGGGACAUCCCGGGGGUGCUGACCCCUGAGCCAGCCCGGGGCAGGGGACGGUGCUCAGCACUGCAGGAUGGCACCUGCUCAGCCAGCGGGAACUGCUGGGAUGGACGCAGGUCAGCCGAGCGCUCACAGAGGCAACAAUCAGAUCCCUAUCUGUCAUCCCAUUGGGUCCCUGCACGGCUUAUCCUGGCAGCACGCCGUCAGCUUUCAUCCCAGCCCUCCCAGCCGGCCACUGGCUGCGGGGACAGCCCUCAUCCCCUCGCCCAGGGGCAGUGGCAUGGCACAGCUGGCAUCGUGUGGCACAGGGACACUUGGAGGAGCCAGGCAGGGCAUGUUCCCUGUUGGGAUGAGCCCAGGGAAGGCAGGGAAGCUUCAGCAGGUCUAUAGCUUGGGGGUGAGUUCUCCUGCACCCAUGGGUGCUUUGCUUCUCUUCUGGGAGUGGGCGCACUGAGUGGGAUGGGGCUGGCUGCUCUCGUCUGGCACGGGCUGGUGCCCUGGUGCUGCACAGCGAGGGGCUCCCAUCCUGCAGGCAGGGCUGGAUGGAGGCAGCGAGCACACGAAGGAGCAUCCCCACACCCCUGCCUCGCUGUCCUCACACCCCUCCUCGGGGUCACCCACCCCAGGGAUCAUCCUGGUGCCCGCACAUGGUGCCACAGACAGGGCACCCAUCCGGGGCCGGCGCGGUAGUGCCAGGGCUGCGCAGCACAGCAGGUCGGGUGCUGCCCGUCCCUGCCCCCGCCGCAGGAUGUGCCGCUUUCUGCAUCUUCAGCUCCCAUCGCCAUAGCAACAGGCUCAGAGCUUGGGUACCCGCCGCGCCGGCUCCUGCAUCCCGCUCCGCCAUCCUGCCACCAGGACUGGGGUGGCAGGUGCUGCCUGCACAGUGCGGUGCAGCACGGCAUGGCUUGUCGUCCUGGGAGCUGGGGAUGAUGGGUGCCUCCGGCACCAGACCAGCAUCCCGCUGGAUGUCCCACUCAGGCUGAGUGGGGCCAUGGAGCUCUUCUCUUCCUGAAGCAUCAGAAAAUAACAUCCGUUAAAACUUCCUCCCCAAACAGGAUGAGAAAAAGGAAAAAAAAUUACUUUCUGGGAACAGUUUUUUUUUGCCGGCAAGCUCCCAAGAAGGGUCUGGGUUUGGAGGGUUCCUGUCAGGAAGGCAGAGGCUGUCACCGUCCCCAAAUGGCAGGGUAACAGCACGCAGCUGGCAAUGCUUGAGCUGAAGAAGUGUCACCACAGGGCAAAAUGGGGCUGAGGAACAGGACCUAGUCCACUUGCUACACUGCCCGGUGAGCUGCUCCUGGCUCUGCCUAUGGAAUAAAUUCGUUACUGAGCUGCAAAGCAGGCUGGUGGGGCAGAGUGGCCAGAAGCCAUGGGGAUGGGCUGCACUCUGUCAGGUUUUAUGCUGCUCAGGAGGGACAGGUGCAGGCAGCGGGGCCAAGGCUCUCAUGGCUCCUCUGCCUCUGCAGCACCGGGCCCUGCGAUGCCGUUUGGCUGCGUGACACUGGGGGACAAGAAAGACUACAACCAACCGUCCGAGGUGACCGACAGAUAUGACCUGGGCCAGGUCAUCAAAACGGAGGAGUUCUGUGAAAUCUUCCGGGCAAAGGAGAAGACGUCGGGCAAGCUGUACACUUGCAAGAAGUUCCUGAAGCGGGACGGGCGCAAGGUGCGGAAGGCUGCCAAGAAUGAGAUCAUCAUCCUGAAAAUGGUGAAGCACCCCAACAUCCUGCAGCUGGUGGACGUCUACAUCACGCGCAAGGAGUACUUCAUCUUCCUGGAGCUGGCCACGGGCCGGGAGGUUUUCGACUGGAUCCUGGACCAGGGCUACUACUCGGAGAAGGACACCAGCAACGUCAUCCGGCAGGUGCUGGAGGCCGUCGCAUACCUGCACUCCCUCAAGAUCGUUCACAGGAACCUCAAGGUGGGCGCUGAGGGUCCCUGGUGGGCACAGGCACCUAUGGGUGCCGAUGCAGCCUCACCACGUUCACGUUCCCUGCGCUGGCAGCUGGAGAACCUGGUGUACUACAACCGCCUGAAGAACUCCAAGAUCGUCAUCAGUGACUUCCACCUGGCCAAGCUGGAGAAUGGUCUCAUCAAGGAACCCUGCGGCACCCCUGAGUACCUGGCUCCGGAGGUGGUGGGGCGGCAGCGGUACGGGCGGCCGGUAGACUGCUGGGCCAUUGGUGUCAUCAUGUACAUCCUCCUCUCGGGGAACCCUCCCUUCUACGAGGAGGCGGAUGAGGAUGACUACGAGAACCACGACAAGAACCUCUUCCGCAAAAUCCUGGCCGGGGACUACGAGUUUGACCCACCCUACUGGGAUGACAUCUCGCAGGCAGGUGAGCCACAGUUCUUGGGGGGGAGGGCAGAGGGGGACACGGGGUCCCUGUGUGUCCCACCAGCGCUGACCCUCCUCACCCCAGCCAAGGAGCUGGUGACACGGCUGAUGGAAGUGGAGCAGGACCAGAGGAUCACGGCGGAGGAGGCCAUCUCCCACGAAUGGAUCUCUGGCAACGCUGCCUCCGACAAGAACAUUAAGGACGGCGUCUGCGCUCAGAUCGAGAAGAACUUCGCCAGGGCCAAGUGGAAGAAAGCCGUGCGAGUGACCACGCUCAUGAAGCGGCUGCGGGCACCCGAGCAGACGGAGUCGGCCCCUGCAACCACCACCGCCACCACCACCGCCACCGCCACCGCCAACGCCGCCACGGACGCCGCGGCCCCCCCGGCCCCCGCCACGCCGCCCGCCGCCAGCCCGGCCGCUGACACGUGUAACGGGGCCGGGGACGCCGCCGCCGCCGCCGCCGCCCCCGCCGAGGCCCCCAGCGAGCCGAGCGGCUGAGCGGCAGCUCUGUACAUAGCCCCGGCAUGGCCCCCGCACCCCCGCCUGCGCCCCACUUUUCUACGUGCCCCCAGCGGAGAGCGGGGCAGCGCCCUGCAUGGAGCCCGUCCUCUCCCGGUCCCCGCCGCUCUCUCAGUCUGUCCCCCGCCGCCUCCCCCGUCCCCUCCCCCGGGGAUGCUCAGAGAUACCCGCGGGACACCCCCCGGGGACGCGCGCUCACGGGCCGGGCCCGAGGCGGGACGGAAGCGGGGGUCGGUCCCCCCGUCGCCCGUCGCCCACCUCCGGCCCGCCGGCCCCCGGGGGAGGGGGGCGGAGCAGAGCGGGGGUCCCCGAAGCGCU